GAAGUGGCAGCGGGCGCCGCCAUCUUGUCGAGCGCAGGCUCCGGGCACCGCGGUGUUGUGCAGAGCGGCGUCUGCACCGACGGACGAGGGUUAGCAACGCAAAGCAAGCAGUCUGGCUGCGGUCGUGCAGUGCACCCUUCAUCAUUUAUGAUCUUGUGCUGCAAGUGAUCACGCAAGAUGUUCUACGCUCACUUUGUGUUGAGUAAAAGGGGGCCGCUUGCCAAAAUUUGGCUUGCAGCCCAUUGGGACAAGAAGCUGACUAAAGCCCACGUAUUUGAAUGUAAUCUGGAGAGCAGCGUGGAAAGCAUUAUUUCCCCCAAGGUCAAGAUGGCCUUGCGAACCUCUGGGCAUCUUUUGCUCGGUGUGGUCAGGAUUUAUCAUAGAAAAGCCAAAUAUCUUUUGGCAGACUGCAAUGAAGCCUUCAUAAAGAUUAAAAUGGCUUUUCGUCCAGGUGUGGUAGAUCUUCCAGAAGAGAACCGAGAAGCUGCAUACAAUGCUAUCACCUUGCCCGAAGAAUUUCAUGAUUUUGACCAACCACUACCGGACUUAGAUGAUAUUGAUGUGGCUCAGCAGUUUACCCUGAACCAGAGUAGAGUGGAAGAAAUCACAAUGAGAGAGGAAGUUGGUAACAUCACUUUAAUUCAGGAUAAUGACUUUGGUGACUUUGGAGUAGAUGACCGAGAGAUUAUGCGAGAAGGAAGCACAUUUGAAGAAGAUAUAAUGGGAAGCACUAGUGAUUCCAAUCUGUUGUUGGAGCCAGUACAGAACACCACAUCUCAGCUGGCUGAGAAAAGUAACCAUCUGGCGUAUGAUGAUCCCCUCAAAAAUGAUGGAUUUGGGGAUGGUAUUGAUGGUGGAAUUCUUGAUGAUAAACUUUUAAGUCACAAUGAUGGUGGUAUCUUUGAUGAUCCACCAGUGUUAACAGAUGGUGGAGUACUGAUGCCGGAAGAACCUGUCCAUAAUGAUGAUGAAGAUGAUGUCAUGUCCAUCGGCGGGCCUGACAGUCCAGACUCUGAUGAUCCUGUUGAACCUCUUCCAACCAUGACUGAUCAGACAACAUUGGUACCAAAUGAAGAGGAAGCAUUUGCAUUGGAACCAAUUGAUAUAACUGUUAAGGAAACAAAAGCCAAGAGGAAGAGGAAGCUGAUUGUAGACAGUGUUAAGGAACUGGACAGUAAAACUAUUCGGGCACAACUAAGUGAUUACUCUGACAUUGUAACAACGUUGGAUCUUGCACCACCAACCAAAAAACUUAUGAUGUGGAAAGAGACAGGUGGUGUGGAGAAGUUAUUCUCGCUUCCAGCUCAACCCCUCUGGAAUAACAGAUUGUUGAAACUGUUCACACGUUGCCUCACUCCAAUUGUACCAGAUGAGCUGAGAAAAAAGAGAAAGGGAGGUGAGGCAGACAAUUUGGAGCAGUUCCUGAAAGAGAUUGAAAAUCCAGAGGUGCCAAGGGAAGAGCAGCAGCCACAACAACAGCAGCAGCGUGAUGUAAUUGAUGAACCCAUCUUGGAAGAGCCCAGUCGCCUGCAAGAAUCUAUAUUAGAGAGCAGUAGGACUGCAUUAGAUGAGUCAAUCAUGCCACCACCACAGAGAAUUGCCAAGCGUAAAUCAAAGGAAAUGGAACCUGAGCCUCCAUUACCACAAGAAGAGCAACAACAGCCACAGCAACAAGAACAGGAACUGCAGAUUCCAGCUGUAGAGCUUCCUCCGGAGGAACAAUUGCACAUCACUGACCUUGUCCCAGAACUUGCAGUUCUGCCAGAGAAAAAAGAAAAAGAUGAAGAGGAAGAGGAGGAGGAAGAGGAAACGGUUGGAGGUGAACAGGAUCAGGAAGAAAGGCGGUGGAAUAAGAGAACUCAACAAAUGCUUCAUGGACUACAGAGAGCUUUGGCUAAAACAGGAGCUGAAUCUAUUAGCCUGGCAGAUCUAUGCCGGAAAAAUAACCGAAAACAAGCAGCUGCAAAAUUCUACAGUUUCUUAGUAUUGAAGAAGCAACAGGCAAUUGAGCUUACACAGGCUGAGCCUUACAGCGACAUCAUUGCAACUCCAGGACCCAGGUUCAAUAUUGUCUGAUCUUAUGGCUAGUGUUUAUUCACUAGAUAUGUAUUGCCCCGAGUGGGGAAUUGAGACCAUUGCAACUCUUUGAUAUGAUGGUUUUAUGUAUAUUGACUAUUAAAAGAUUAUUUUGGACAGAGAAACUUCAAUAUUUGGGAUAGGUGUGUUAUUCCAGUGUUUAUGACAAAGAAAAAUAAUUUUCACUCCAUGGCGGGUUUUAUACUGAAAAAAUCAUGAUUGGAAAAAUGCUAAACAUUCAGAUUAUGAACGCAUUUAGUAUGUUUCUGUGCAAAUAUAAUUAUGGGUUUAUUGAUAGAAUUAUUCAAGAAAGUCAUGUGUACCACCAUUGCUGGUAGAUUAUCUCAAUAAGAUGUAUUUUUAUUAAAAUUACAACAAAGUACUAUAGAAUUGGUAGUGAACAUUUGCACUUAAGUUAACUUUUACAAUUGUGUGCUGGUUCCUUUGUAUUGAGAUUUUAUUUUAGAACACAGGCUACCAGUAUACCCAUUCUGCACUGGAAUUUCAAAUUAUUUGUUAAAAUACAACCAAGGACAUACAAAAUAUUCAGUUAAUUCUAAUGUCAUGCUCAUAAUUCUAGGAUGCUCUAACUGUCUGGAGUGUUACAAAGCUGUUUUCAUUUUAAACAUUAUGUGCCUGUAAGCUUCAAUCCACUUUUUUGUAUAAAAUGUGUAGAUAAUUUUUAAUGAAUGUCUAAUUAUGGAAAAGAUGACAGCUUUCAUUUGAAGCAGCAUUUUGCUGAUGCUACUGAGUCUUUAGUUUGUUGCUUAAUUAGGUCAUUGCUAAAUGUUGCUGAACAGUGAUAGUUCUUGCUGUUAUGUAUAACUUUUUUAAUAAAAUACUUGUAUCAGUUUUGGGAGUUUUGUCUUGUGCAAC